CUCUCUCUCUCUGUCUCUCUCUCUGUCUCUCUCUCUCUCUCUCUCUCUCGUUUUUCUAAAGUUAAAUAUACAAGCCUGUGAGCUUUCACGGACGGUGAGUGAAUGCGCAGUCAGGGAGGUUCGCAGUUGCUUGCGUCGAGAGCGAGCGGGAACAGAACUGAACGGAGCAACGCUGUUUGUGUCACAUAACCGGGGCUCUUCCACUUCUGUUCGAUCCAAGUGUUUCUUAACUUCGUUUUCGACUGUUUCAAGAUGACAGAAGAAAAUAAUGUUCGGCAUAUAAAGCUGGUGAAUGACCAGCUUCCGUGGGAUUUGAUGUCGCCUCUAGAUUGGUUCUGCUGAAGAUGGAAACACUGGAGUCUGAGCUCACCUGCCCAAUCUGCCUGGAGUUGUUUGAAGAUCCCCUGCUCUUACCCUGCGCCCACAGCCUGUGUUUCAACUGCGCCCACCGCAUCCUAGUCUCCCACUGCUCGUCCAACAAACCUCUAGAGUCUAUCUCCGCCUUCCAGUGCCCCACCUGCCGUUACGUCAUCACGCUGAACCACCGCGGCCUGGAGGGCCUGAAGCGCAAUGUGACCCUGCAGAACAUCAUUCACCGUUUCCAGAAGGCCUCCGUCAGCGGCCCUAACUCCCCCAGUGAGAGCCGUCGUGCCCCAGGUCUCUCCGGAGGCCACAGGCCCUAUAGCAGCAGCGGAGGAGGAAGCUCCGGCAGCCACAGCGCCCGCUCCAGCCCGGCCCAGCCCUCCUCUCAUCAGCACACCGCCACCAUGUCUCUGGAGCACCGUAUCAGCUGCCAGUUCUGUGAGCAGGACCCCGCCCGCGAGGCUGUCAAGACGUGCGUGACCUGUGAGGUGUCGUACUGUGACAGGUGUCUACGUGCCACGCACCCCAAUAAGAAGCCGUUUACCAGUCACCGGUUGGUGGAGCCGGUGCAUGACGCCCACCUGAGAGGCCUCACCUGUCUGGAGCAUGAGAAUGAGAAGGUUAACAUGUAUUGCAUCGUGGAUGACCAGCUGAUAUGUGCCCUGUGUAAGCUGGUGGGACGACACAGAGAACAUCAAGUCUCCUCUCUUAGCGAACGCUUCGACAAACUCAAGCAAACCCUGGAGAACAACCUCACCAACCUGGUGAAGAGAAACAGUGAGCUGGAGAACCAGAUGGCCAAACUCAUCCAGAUCUGUCAGCAGGUUGAGGUGAACACAGCGAUGCACGAGGCCAAGCUAGUGGAGGAGUGUGAUGAGCUUGUAGAGAUCAUACGCCAGAGGAAACAGAUCAUCGCUGUCAAGAUCAAGGAGUCCAAGGUGAUGAAGCUGCGUAAACUGGCCCAGCAGAUGGCUAACUGCAGACAGUGUCUGGAGCGCUCCAGAGCCCUCAUCACUCAGGCAGAACACAGCCUGAAGGAGAACGACCACGCUCGCUUCCUACAGACCGCCAGGAACGUGGCUGAGAGGGUUGCCAUGGCCACGGCCUCCUCCCAGGUGCUGAUACCAGAUGUGAACCUGAACGAAGCCUUUGAUAACUUUGCCCUGGACUUUUCCAGAGAGAAGAAGAUCCUAGAGGGACUGGACUACCUGACAGCUCCCAGUCCUCCCUCCAUACGUGAUGAGCUGUGUACUGCCUCCCACGACACCAUCACAGUUCACUGGACGUCUGAGGACGAAUUCAGCGUCACCUCCUACGAACUGCAGUACACCAUCUACACCGGCCAGACCAACUUCAUCAGUCUGUAUAACAGUGUGGACAGUUGGAUGAUUGUCCCCAACAUCAAGCAGAACCACUACACGGUGCACGGCCUGCAGAGUGGAACACGUUAUGUCUUCUUUGUCAAGGCAAUCAACCAGGCAGGCAGCCGCAACAGCGACCCAGCCCGCCUCAAAACCAACAGUCAGCCUUUUAAGCUUGACCCGAAGACGGCCCACAAGAAGCUGCGUCUGUCCAACGACUGCCUGACCAUGGAGAAAGAUGAGAGCUCCCUGAAGAAGAGCCACACUCCAGAACGUUUCAGCAGCACGGGUUCGUACGGAGCAGCAGGAUCUGUCUUCAUGGAUAGCGGCUGUCACUACUGGGAGGUGUUGCUGGGCGCCUCCACCUGGUACGCUGUGGGCGUGGCUUACAAGUCAGCCCCUAAGAACGAGUGGAGUGGUAAGAACUCGUCCUCCUGGGUGUUUUCCCGCUGUAACAACAACUUCAUGGUGCGUCACAAUGGCAAGGAGAUGCUGGUGGAGGCCAGCCACCAGCUCAGACGUCUGGGAGUCCUUCUGGACUACGACAACAACUCCCUGUCCUUCUACGACGCCAUGAACUCCCAACACCUGCACACCUUCGAGGUCAGCUUCCUGCUCCCUGUGGCGCCCACCUUCAUGAUCUGGAACAAGUCGGUGAUGAUCCUGUCGGGGCUUCCUGUGCCGGACUUUGUGGACUGCCCUGAGGAACACCAGGAGGGGAUGACGACCCUGUGUCGCCAGCAGGAGUCACCCUACGUGUCGGGUAUGAAGGGCUGUCACUAAGACCGGGACUGGGGCUGCGACUCGGCCUGUUGUCACAGAGACGGCUGAGAUUGGGGUCGUUGUCACGGAGACCGAUGAGGGCUUGGACUGGACUCACUGGACUGGGCUGGGUUUGACUCACUUACUUCCUGGGUUUGUGGGCCAAUGGGGUAGAAUCUUCCUCAUCCUCUGCUUCCUCCUUCCUCAUUUUCCCCAGCUCUCCUUUCUUGUCGUGGAUGGUUUCAGUGACAAUGCCUACUACUUGUCUCAGUGUGAGGAUUUGUUUUGUUGUUUCUGAUAUUUACAAAUCAUCACAGAAGCUUGACCUGCAUUAUGUGACUACUAGUCUUGUAUUAUAAGAAACUUUAUUAAUCAUGAUUGAUUAGAGAAUGUUAAUUAUUCAUGAAUAAUGAGUUGCUUUUUAGAGUUACAUUUAUUUCCCUAAUGUGUAAAAAGAAAAAGACAGAAAAUGAAUUUGGGCAGCAUUGUUCUUCCUCUAGAAAGCAUAGGGAAUUUAUAUUGUAUAGAAAACGGAUAUGAUUAUGAUGUUUAAUGCGAUUCUAAACACAGUAAAAAUUGACAAAACUGACAGAGAAAAAAAGUUCACAAAGUUGAAUAUUCAGGGAGGAAACGGUUAAACCAUUUGAUUUACUAUCGGUUUUGAUGUCAUAGCAUGAUAUGUUAUUUCCUAUGUGAUUGGUUCACACCUCAUGUUUUGUUUGGUUUUGAUCUGUCGAAAAGCAUGCUGCAUUAUGGGAUCCCACUUUAAACCUCUGGUUCACAGGUUAUUCUAUAUAAACUCUAUCUCCUUAACCCUUUACUGGUUCAUUUCCUGGUUAUCAUGAGGCACUCCGUGACCCCUGACCAAUAGAGUCUCUCACAGUCACCACGGAACUCCACCACCUCCCCUCACGUCCAAUCACUGGUCGAGGUUUACCUUACUACAGAGAGGUGUGUUAUUAUAGUUUGUUCCUUUGUAUAAAGUCCCAAGACAAUGAAGACCUGUUAUUUUCUUAUAGAAAUCAUCAGAUUUUCAGUCAAAGAAAAUCCCAUAUUAACCAGAUAUGGAGAAGAGAAGACCAUAUCAAAUCUAUGACAUUUUCAUCAAAUAAGUUAAGUGUUACAUAAUCCUAUAUUUAUUUGCUUUUUAUGAGUUGGUGGUGUAGAUUAUAAAUAUGAUUUUCCUCUGAUUGAUAUUCAGGGAUUGAAUACAUAGUGGGUCUGAUCAAGACAAUCAAUAGCAUAUUGUUAUGCAGGCAGGUGAAACAUAACAAGGAAUGUGUAACAGGAAAAGGGAUGAACUGGCAGAACGAAAUACUUGACAUACUAACUGUUACAUACCGAAAACAAAAUGGAUGCUUUAUUUUUUACAGUGAAUUCAACUUAGUAGUGAAGAUAUUGGGAACAGACAGACUCGUACUACUGGUAAUGCCACCGUCCUGAUGGCUGUGGUUCCAUCUCACUCCACUCAUCCGUGGAUUUACACUGUGUACCCAAACGGCACCCUACAAAAUGGAUGCUUUAUUUUUUACAGUGAAUUCAACUUAGUAGUGAAGAUAUUGGGAACAGACAGACUCGUACUACUGGUAAUGCCACCGUCCUGAUGGCUGUGGUUCCAUCUCACUCCACUCAUCCGUGGAUUUACACUGUGUACCCAAACGGCACCCUA